UACAACCGGGUCAUAAUAUUUAAAGGACCAAUGGCAGACAAAAGACUUCCUGGUCACGUCAUAAGAACUGAAACUGUGGUCAAUGAAGGUGGCUGUAGAGUGAAAUGUUUUCUUGAACCAAAUUGCGUGUCCAUCAACGUGGGUCCUGCAGUAGGAGGAAAAAGAUCUUGCGAACUUAACAAUGACACUGAUGAAAGCCCUGAACAGUCUGCUCUGAAGGGAGAAAGUGAUUAUAUUCAUUAUGCUGUUGAGGUACUCAGUUUAACAAAUCGACAACAGUUUUUCCACAGUCAAUACCCUUAUCGAUAAUGACGUCAAAAUGUAAUAAAACUCAAGUAUAAAAAUUCCCCGCAGGCGAUCGAUUUCACUGCAAAAUUUUGGCCUUGAUCUGGGACAACUUAACCUUUCCCUUAGAAAAGUAGAGAGGCGGGAAGAGGUCUUUUCCUAAGGGAAUGGCUAUGGGUACGAGUUUGGAUGUGGUAUACUUCAUAUGACUGAAUGACUUCACUGUAAGUAUGUACUGUAACGUUAACGUAAGGGGUUUUAAGUAAUAACCCGCAGGUUUUAUCAUCAUCAGCAGCAGAGCCAUUCCACGGUAACCUGUCGUUGCGGAGAAGACACUUAGGAGACACAAAAUCGCUCCUCUGUAAACGACUGAAAGAAGAAGUACAACUUUUAUAUUUGUUUUACGUAGAUGUAAACUAAGUUUAUCUAUAACACAAGACAAAUCUGCUCCUGCUCUUUACGGGGAGAUACAGUCAAGGAAUGAUUGCCCGUUGCGGAGAAGACUCGCUAGAAAAGCGAAUUUUUAUUCGCUCAAUUCAAGGUUAGAUUCUUUCGAAUUCGGGCAUCUUUUAAAAUACCUUUUUCCUUACAAAGUAAGAGGUCUUUAUAAUUAAUCGUCAAAUGGAAAAAAAUAUUUAGUCAUUCCUUCUUAAUGUAUCCGAAAUCUCGCAAUGAUUUGCUGAGGAGAAGACGUUGCGGAAAAGACAAAAGGCUGCGAAACCCUGUUUUGUGAAGGGUAAACCGUGGAUCACGGAUAGUACCAAAUGACAGGAGAGGACUGCCGAUAUAAGGCAGGCUUAAAUAAGGGUUUAUUGAUAACCUGUGGUUAUAAAUAAUCUAAUAUUGAUGAUAUAUAAGUAUUGAUAAGUAAUUUAAUCUAGAUCGAUUGAUACAACUUAUAUGCAAAUGAAAGAAUAGACAACAUCGUCUAAUUGAAAGCGCCUCGUGACGUGAAUUUUUCCUUGCACCGCUGGUUGAGUGAGGAAGUGGCUGUAGUGCUCUGCUUGUGUACUCUAGGAUCAUGUAGGGGUGCUUCUCUGGGUCAUCUUCCCUUUGGAUUCAAGACAGCGAGCAUAGGUAGAGAAAAAAGUAACACAAUCCCAGCUAUUGCCUUGUUAAGGAAUGUCCUCUUGACGGUUUACACAGAACUUCCACUUCUCUACGUUUAGGUCGCCAUCUAUCACUUUCCAUACUUGAAACAAACAAUGCGAAAGUUUACUGCUCAUGCUCAAUGCUUUCUGCUAGUCGCGGGAGGCAGGACCCAUAAAUCCGGCCCCCCAAAACAAGUCUAGCCUUCCUAGCCGUCUUCUGCGCAACAAAAAUAAAACAUUAAAUUUUCGUUGAAAUUUUAUGUACUUUGAUGAAUGUUCAAUAUAGAAAGGUUACAAUGACUAUUAAUUAGAACAUUUGGAAAAUUUAAACAUUUUGACCCGUUUUCGUCACUGCAAUCAAAACUCUUCGUAGUGAAAUCGUUGCGGAGAAGACAUUUUGACUUUGGAAAGUCCAAUUCUUUGCACUCGUGUUUAAUUUCUCAAGCUAGGUAUGUCUAUCGUAUUAGCCGAUCUUUAUAAUAUUGAAGUCCCAGAGCGGCUUUUUAAAGAAAAUAUUCAGCUUUUCGAAUAAGUCAAAAACCAUUUGUCUUCUCCACAGCGGCUUUUGGCAACACCUUCAGAACAAAUAAUUAUUUUUGAAAAAAUAUGACCUGGAAAUUGUAUGCUUAAAAUGUCAGCUUUAAACAUUUCGCUUUAAUUUUUUAAUUCAGUUAAUCUUAGACAAAUUUGGUACUUUUUAAAAACCGAUGUCUACUUUCACAUUACCGUAGAAUGACCCAGCAACAAAAGCCGCGGUAGCAGCGUCAUCAUCACCAUCAUCGUCAUCAUCAUCGUUAUCGUCCUUGUCGUCAUCAUCAUCAGCAACAGCAUCACGGUCUAUCCUCAUCAUCAUAAUCAUCAUCAUCAUAAUCAUAAUCAUAAUCAUCAUCAUCAUCAUCUUAAAUCCUUUAUACAGUCACUGGAUUUGCGAGUACGGACGACUUGCAUAAUCCACUUUCAUCGACGUCUUCCUGUUCUUCUUAAAAGUGCUACUCCCGGGUUAUAUUCCCAUAUUUGAUUAUCUCUCACAAACAGGACACUUGACCCUCAAAAUGUUACUCGAAGGCUUAAACUGGAAAUUAAAGCUCCUAGUAUCGUCUUAAGCUUAACUUAAUCUAUACUUCAAAUCGUUCGUCCUACCGCCAUUUUGUCAUAUCCUUGCACCCAAACAGACCAUCAAUCUCCUCUACCUCUUCAUCCUGAACUCUAAUUCCGUCCUCCCACAUGUGGAUGCAUGGAAACGUAUAUAGACCUUCGUUCCCUGCCUUCGUAAUGAGCCUUACGUAAGCAGUUUGCUCUUGGAUGUAUUUUUGUUCACUUAGGAGCUAUAUCAGAGCACGGUAACUUCUUCUUUUUAUAGAUAUUCAAGAAUGUCUCUUAACUUACGUCAGAAUUCAUUGCUGUCAUUCUCUUUUGUUUGUCUUAACGCCCAGACAACUGUUAGUAGAAAGAGGAAACUAGACAUUACGCAGGCUUGCUUUUGCACAUUAGGUGUAAUUCUAACCCAGAACCCAGGUCGUAUUCAUGUCAAUUGCAAACUACUGCACAUUUCUCUUCUAUUAGUCCUUUUAAUAUAUAGAUUUAGCCAAAGCUAAAAGGGAAGAAACAGCUUUCGCCAUAAGCAAGAAGCAAACUGAAUUCUUCCUGAAAACCAGGGACCUGAACCAACGAUCAGUUGAAAACCGAAUCACUUCAAUGCGUUGUACAAAUGAGCCCGUGAUACAGUCAUGUGACACUGGUUACCGAAUAACCUAUUUUCACAAAUGUCAAUUGUCCAUCAGGGAGGUCAAAUCAACAUUGUACAUCUAGCCAGCUGUUUUUAAACGUUCCCUCCAAAUGGACCUCUUUCGUCAAGGUGGCCAUUAUAAACUAAGAGAGCAUUCAUUGCUUUUUUUCUCCUUCUCUCUUUUUCUUUCUUUUUUUCUUUUUCUCCUUUACUUUACCUUCGUUAGUGUUAUGUUCGAACUCAUUGGGCGCAAAAUGACUCAAAUGACUCAAAUGACUUCAAACCCGGCUACAUGAUGUAGUGGACUUGCCGACGUACGUAGAGACGGAGAUGUUGUCAUAAACAAAAUUUCCUAGAAUCAAAGCUAAGCAAUUUUUUUUAUCUAUUUAGGCUCCGUUAUCACCUUAUUUGCUAUACUAUCAGCUAGCAAGUUGGUCCAUAAGCUGCCUCUUCAGGCAGAGUCAAAUGGCUAAAAUUCAACAAAUGCAAUGUUCGUCAAUGCAAAAAAAAACUACUACUCUCUAACCUGUUCUUUCUUUAACGACACUUCUACUGCAUCUUGCUUAUUGACUAUGACUCCAAAAAUAACUUUGCUUUUAACUGUUAGUAGAGUCUCACUUUUCCUUUUGACUUCACUGGCACCUUAAUUACCCUAUCGGCUAUCCUUUGUCAAUCUCUCUUGAACUGUUCCAGACCUUUGUGUCCUUUGUUAACCUGCGUUUUCUGAUGCGAUCUUCUUUCAGCUCACCAGAUCCUAGUAUCUUUUCGUAUUCAUUUGGGUUUCUUCUGCCUUUCAUAUCUUCAACUUGUUCUGACUUCGACAUCAGGUAUCAACACCUUGGUGUCCUCGUAUUGUCGCAUCUGUAGAUCUAGCGUUACGUGCCUGAAUCUUUUUCCUUCUAUCCAUUAUUCGAUAAGGCUGACUAUGGUUAUAUUAGAACAGGCAUGCAGAUCGAGGUGUGUCACAUCAACCGGAAACACAAAGGCUGAGACAAAUACCUCUACAAGACACUUUCAAAAACGUGUGCUCGAUUCUUUGCUGAAACUGGUAAGCAAACGUUUCGCUGUGAUGAGCAAUGAUGACAACGAUCCCCUUCCACCAAUGUGACAACGAUCCCCUUCCACCAAUGUGACCCGUGUUCGAAUCUCAGAAAUAACAUCAAACGUGGGUUGAUUUCGUUGUUGACUCUCUCCCUUGAGGUUUUUUGGGGAAUGUGUAAUUAGCUCUCCAUUGUUAAUUUAUUAAUUUAGUUUUAAGCAUAUGUACGAAUAAUACUUUUCGCCAAUAGGUAUUCUUCAAGAGCAGCCGAUAUCCCUCGACUGUUUUUUAUUUGUCUUCUCGCGAUCUUUUUCAGUAAGUUAUUUCGCUAAGCGUUUGAAAUCUUUUUUAUAGAAACCGUCACUUUCUUUGACUCUGCAUUCUCCAACAGAGACGCAGAGACGUUGAUAAUCAUAAUGAUAACGACAACGACAAUUAAAAAGAUGAUAAUAAUCAUAAUAACAAAUUCUUUUUGAAAUUUGUAUACCUUCAGAAUGUUUGUAAAAUAAACGGAGAACCUUGCCCUGGAGAGAACAAUUUGUGCCAGGUGGGAUUCACGGACAAACGCUACAGAUGUGUCUGCCGUGAUGGAUACAAACAUAGAGAACAUUCUACUGAUCAGUGUGAAGGUAAGAUACAGGACAACUUGUUACCCACGCUAUUGAAACAACAAGCAGUGACUAUGAGUUCAUUGUUUUGUCUAGAGAAAUCAAUCUUGUAACCAGUGUCUUGCAGGGGAUCAAAAACAGUAAAGCUUAGUUUCUCGAUUGGCUAAUGAAGUUCUGAGUGGAGGAUACUCAUCAAAUUCGCAGCUUUAUUUUUUCUAAAUCCCACUUUCCAGUGCUUCUAACCAAUUCACAAUGACAAAAUUGAGUGAAAGCCCAGUUUUUUUAACAUACAUGUUUUCUUCACGUUUUUUUUUUUUUUUUAAUUUUUUAAAUUUAUAAUGGUAUUUUUUCAAGCACUUUUAGUAUACAAUUUUCUCGGGAAGUGUAUUUGUUCUCUAUUUUGUCUCCUUGUACAAUUGCAGACAUUGAUGAAUGCAAAGAAGAUCUCUAUGACUGUCAAGAAGGUAUUUAAGCCAUGAGCAAAGGGAACGGAACGUGUGAAUUAUCUUGACUUAAGAUUAAAACUCUAGCCAAUUUUCAAUGUAGGUUCAGUACAUAAAUUCGAGAAGUUAGAGGUCUUUUUUAUUAUUUUUUUUGGUUUAAUUUUUUUUAGAAUCAAGAACCAUAAUUUUGAUAAAUAAAUAAACUUUUGGGAGAAGAAAAAUAACCUAAUAAUUUAUAAAGAAUAAUUAGAAUUAACUUUCUUGUUUUCGUUCAAAAGAUAGUGUAAAGAACAAAAAUUAUAGGCUGAAAUCAGGAAAAGAAAACGAAGUCGCCCAAAAGAAAUUGUACUGAUUAAAAACGUCACGGAAAAGUUCAUCCCAAUAACUGAGUAUGGUCGAGGAAACGUUUGAACCCAAGUGGCAUUUCCUGGUCCUGAAAGGACUCGGUUAACGUUGUUGUCGACAGUUACUGACGAUUCGACAACCUUUGCCUGAUACCAGGCUCCGCAUUGGAGGAAAAAUGAAAAACAAUCGGUGUGGGCCAAAAAUCUGCGAGCGAAGAGAGCCGAGAGGUCCGCUGGGCUGAACCGGUUGUAAUUCCAUAAACAAACGCGGGCGCAGUCAAGCAAUGAAAUAAAUACACUCACGGAAAAUUUAGUUUAAAAACUCAACGACUUGCUUUAAUUGAAAAGAAGCUAUUUAAUCCUUAACGAAGAAAAACAGAAAACAAGAAAACAAGAAAGAAAAGCUGAGAGAAUCAUUACACUUGAUGAUGAAAAUAGCUAGAAGGUCGAAUCAGUACAACAUUGGUCUCAGAAACUUCGCAUAAACAAAAUCACUGCCGAAACCCCAAAACCGUUCUAAGUGAAAAAUCUACCUACUCUUCGCAAUGAUUCUUCAUUCGCAGUUUACGAUAAUAUAUUAUCGAAAUGUUAGAACUCCACGCAAGCAUUCCAGGGAUGCGAUCCGCUGAAUAUUACGCGACAAUCCCGCUAAAUUUCUCAUAAUUAUGCAAAAACUAUGCGAAUGUUUAGACAAGAGAAAAUGACUCGAAGCAAUUGGCAGGCUACUUGUUUCCGUCAGUAAGUCGUUUAUGUACGGUGCUAGUUACUAUUGACUACGAUUACGGUUUUGUAACGUCACGUGAUAUUUGUUAUGUGCUCGCGUUCUUGUACACGAGUCUUCAGUGAACCGACUAAUGGAUUAAAAGUAUCGUUUGUUUAUGUUUACAAAACCCGUUUGUUGCUGUACAAAGCCACAACGUUACAGGUUUCUUAUCUGCCACUGUUUUACAGAGAUUAUAUUUUCGGUUUUCAUAUGACUUAGUUCAAACUAAGAAACUAUCGAUUCUUCUGAGUUUCUACUUUCAAUGAGGUAUUACAGCACCUAAAAAUCUUUAUACAAACAAAUUUUCGGGUUCUUAGUUUUGCGAUAGAGGACGCUUGAAUUUCCAGACUUUUGCGUGACGCGACGUUUAGCCAGGAAAGCUUUUAUGUAGGUUAAAACAUAACCGAUUUUGGGAGAUUUUGCUAUCUAAACAUUCCUUGUCUCAGUAAAUAUUACGUUCAUCGUUAUGAGCUCCUCUAGCGAAGAAUUCACGCAUUAGUAGGAAAACUCCCGGCGGCCAUAUUGGUGUCCCUGAAAGCCUUAUAAAGUUGGGUAAAACGUUUUUCCGACUAUCUCGCAUAUGAAAUACUGCACAGACCUGAUUCUGGACAAGGCUUUUUGUGUAUUUAUCGUCUUUCAUUUCCCAGAUUCUAGACUUUCUGUAUUGUAUGGUUUGCAUUUUUAUUUUUGAUGGCGUGACAAUAAAAAAUAAACUGUGAAUUACAAUCCUAAUAGAAGAAGAUUUUUUGCUGGUUUCUUUCAAGCGAAGUUGGCAUGAAAGGAGUGUGUAUUAUUAAUUGCCCCCCGCAGGGAUUUCGCCCGGAUGGUGAAAUCCCGAGGUACUCUAGUAACUCGCGCGUAUAUUAUGGCAAGUAUUUAGAGUUGAAAUACACAGUCAGUAUGCCAGAAAAAAUCUCGAUCUGCUUGAACAGGGCCGCGAGGAAUCGGUAGGUAAUGAUGACGUUUCUGUUAUUCGCGCCCGCAAGUACGAGAUGGUUAGGAUGACGUAAAGACAGAAAAUCCCGAAGGGACCGCUUAGGUAGAUUUUGUGACAUUUAUUGUACAGUCAUACUUCGAUACUCUUUUGCGUUAUGUGUUAUCAGUGACAUUCUGUAGUUGUUUUGAAAGUUAUGGGCCAAAAGACACUGGUUAAGCACAGAUGAAGUUAGAAGGUGCGUGUAACUGUGUUAUUAUAUAGACACGAGUGUUUUACUGGAAAAUAUACCACUCGUAAAAUUCAUGAAAAGUACAUUUGGGACCCGAGUGGUUUGUUUUCCAUAAUCUCACACGUGAGUUUAUCGAUGACGUAAUUUCGGUAAUUUCCCUCCGAAAUUUGUUGGCGUCUUGCAAACGCUGCCAAACAUUCCCCUGAAUGAAAAUGGCGAGCAAAAGAUUCGUCAAGUUUAGGAAGAAGAGGAAAUUGCGUCGUUUACCGAAGACCAAGAAGAAGAAAACUGUGUCUGAUCUGAUCUGAUCUGAGUUUCUUAACAGCGAGGAAGAAGAGAGAAACAUAGAAAAUAUUCCAGCCGCCGAGCUCCAACAGUUGACAAAGAAGUUUGUACUCGGAGUAAGAAAGAAAAAUGGCGAGGAAUAUGAACCAUCUUCUCUAAGAGGGUUUUUGCAAAGUGUCGACCGCUACCUCCGUAAAAAGGGAUGCACAUUUUCCCUUUUGAACGACAAAGAAUUCUGUGAGGUUCAAGAUAUCCUGAAAAAGAAGCAGAAACAACUUAAGGCCAUAUAGGAAAGGGAAACAAGCCCAAUAGUGCCGAUGCACUAACAGAUGAAGAAAUAGAGGAAUUCUACCGAGCAGGAGUGCUCGGAAAUAAAACACCUCGAGCACUUCUGAAUACAGUUUGGACGAACAAUUGUAUCUAUUUCGGCAUGACGCCUAGAAAAGAGCAACGAGAUCGUUGCUGGAGAGAUUUGGAGCUGAAAACUAAUGCUGACGGGCUUCGUUAUGUGAAGUUUUCGGCACCGAGCGCCAAGCAAAAACGAGAACUGGUGAAAAGACAAGAAAUGUCAGAGAAAGCAAGCCAAAGACGUUCGAAAACCUUGACAAAAAUGAUCGCUGUCCUGUCACAGCCUAUCUGGCCUAUAAGCAACAUAGACCACAAGAAAUGAUGGCAGACGACUGUCCGUUUUAUCUUGCUGUCAACACAGAAGUUCCGAAGGCAGGGAAGAAAUGGUUCAAGGCAGCUCCACUGGGAGUAAAUUCACUUAGAUCUAUGGUGAAAAACAUGUUAGCGGGCUCCCAAGUUCAUUCAGACAAGAAUUGGUCAACCACAGCGCAAGAAAGCAUCUAGUCUAGAAACUUGUGGAACCGAACGAAUUUGUGCAAAUAACUAGACACAAAAACGUCAAUUCACUAAAUAGCUACUCCGCUAUAUCUGACAGAAGACAGCAGCACAUCUCUACAGUAUUAUCCAGGAGAAGGGAAUCUUCUACUUCUGUUGCUACUUCGUCUUCGCCAAAAGUAACAGUAGAUGAAAUUACAUCGGUAUCUACAGUUCAACUCAGCACAAGUGCAGGAACUUUGCCCUUUCUUUACCAGUGCCAGAUAGGAACAGUGAACAUUUUCACAAAUUCGCAGAAUCCAAAAGGCAGCGAUUUUGAGAAAAUACAUCAGUUUAAAAGACGGAGAAUUGUUAUGGAUAGUAGCGAUGAAAGCCAAUAAACCGUUCUUUGGCCUUUUUUCAUGCUUUUUUUCAUAUUUCGUACACAUCUAUUGAAAACUUUUUUGCCGCCUUAUGACUAAGAUUCGGUAAAUUAUUACUGUUAUGAUUUAACCAUAAUUUCAAAGCUUUGCUUAUAUUUUGUCAUUGUAGAGCCCUAUUCAGCUCAGUGUUAUUUCUCUAGAUUAUUGUAAAAGAUGUGUUCUAUUGCUUAAGUACUGUAAAUUUGAGCCGUUGCAAUUACUUUUUGGCGAAUAAAAAUCUAUUAUUUUAUCGAUGUCAAUAUUUUACUUACUCGCUGCGCUCGUUCGUAAAAUAUUGUUUUGUCACUCGAAAAUAAAAUUCAUAUCUUCGCGCCACCGUGUAAUAUCCUCUCUAUAUAUAAACUCUUGGAGAGUUUGCCAGUCACGAGUUUACAAAUCUUUGGUUGGAAAGACACUCUUUUUCUCUCUCUUUGACUGGAGCUCAACCCCAAACAAGAAAGACUAGUGAAUCAACGGCUAGCUUAUCAUUAGAAGAACGAUGGACGAUUACAGAAAUUCGCCGACAAUCAAAUUCUGUGGUGACUUAUUCCCUGCUCACAGAUGUCCUUCCGCUAUAAAGUUUAAAAUAAGACUAGAAUGCGCGAGCGUGAAUUGAUCAAAGAUCCUUUUAAUUUCUAAGGCUUACUUUCCGGCAAAUAAAAUGAACUGUAUGAAAAAGUGAAAGAGAAAUAGCGAAAAAUUCAACUUCUAAAUUAAAUCUUUUCUUAUGGUUUAGCAUAGACUAUUCUCGAAACUAAGAAUGUGUUGAUCAAAGCUGUGUAAAUCGAACUGAAACUGUACAUAUAACCUUGCGUUUCCUGUAUUUAUCUCACCUGUUGUAUGGAAUAUGCGUGAAAAUCUUUAUUCCGAGCGUAGCGACUUUGUAAUCUUGUCGCGCGCGAAGCGCGCACGCAGUCUGCUAACCGCGCGUGGUCUUAGCCAGCUGCGAAAUUCGAGGCUUCAUAAAUAAAUCUUUCUUUCUCUGAAUAUAUGCUUGGUGUCCGCCAAUGACGCCAUGGAGCAUUUUGCGUUUCCAGGCAACAUAGACUUCGCCGCCGAUGAAAGUUUACCAUCGGGGACUCACGAACAAUUUCCCAUGCAAAUGACACACAAGCACAACAAGUGGAUCCAAGUCCUCGACCAGGAAGAUUUUCCACCUAAACUCCUCUGGAGCGGGAACGCCGACUUCAAAUUCAGCGUGAACAACGAAGGAGAAGACGUCAACAAGAAACCGAGGAGCAGAAGGAACAUCGCUUAGCACAGCGAAGGCAACGCCGACAAGAAGAGACAGAUGAACAGGAGAUUGGAAUCAGAGGCAUUAUGAUCGUUCGCUGUCGAAAAACCAUCCCCACCGAUAUAUGUAGAUCAAAGUCUGCAAAGUUUCAGCUCUGUAUUACGGCCCGAAGAAUAAUAAUUUUCAGGCGAACUGCACCGGGCCAUAUUUGUUCUUUGUUUCUGUCUUUUCCUAAACCCGGACGCCGAAAUAAUGCUAGAUCAAUACACUGUUAACAAAAAGAAGAAGAAGAAAAGAGAGAAGAACGCAUGGACCAUUAAGACGAUAUUCGCGGUUGGUCACCCAUCAAGUUCUUAACCCCGACCGACAGGGCUAUACUUGAGUGCCGUUGCCAAACCGAGUUUCGCGAGGGUUAUUGCGAGAUACGUAUUUCUAGUUAUGAAUCGGUAUAUUUCAAAGAGCUACGCAACGACCAAGAAUGCUAUUGACCGAGCGGGAGCAGCUGUAGUGUCAACUAUUACUAGUUAUAAGAAAUCUACAAAGGCAACGCUCGAUGACCAAAAGAGUGUUCGACAGAAGAAUCAGAGUGUGAUACAAAUGAGAGUGAAAACUUAGUUAUGCACUGGUGCGGGCGGCCCACGGAAUGCCAGAAAACGUGCAUUUGCAGAUAGAAAUUUGUUCACGGCAAAUGUGAUGCAGAAAAGUGCAAACUGUAUAUAAAUGCCCAAAUGUCUACUAAUUUACACGGAGUUGUAAUCUAGGAGGCACGUGUGGCAUUUGCAGUCUUUGCCCCUGAACAACUAUUGUUUCCUAUAAUUGGCGGGAAAAAAAGUUUUAAAGUAUCAGCAACCUAAUACAAUGCUGUUUUUCCCUUUUCUCGCAGCCCCAAUCAUCUCGUUUUUAAUACUAUUCAUUUAAUCUUUAGCUAAUACGGAAACAAAAAGCUGCCCUGCCCAGAGGCCACACCGUUGUCCGCAAAACUCAGAAUGUGCGAAUGAGCCUGGUUCAUUCCGUUGCGACUGCAAAAAUGGGUUUGUAAAAGAUGGAGCUGCAUGUAUUGGUAAGCUUGUUGAUUUAAAGUCGAACUGCACUAGUUUUGCUAUAAUAUUAGUACCUUGUAUGAUUAUAUUUAACCGUUCUCGAUCGAUAAGGCUUUCCUCUAUUUUUCACCAGAUAUUGAUGAAUGUCAGUCCAAUGAACUGCAAUGGUGUACGCAUAAAUCAAAUUUGGAAUGCAUCAACACACCUGGAUCAUUUCGCUGUGAGUGCAUUCCUGGAUUUGCUCGUCAUGGUAAACCUUGGCGGUGCAAAGGUCAGUAAAACAGCAAUCAUUUUUCACAUAUUAUAUUUGCAGAGAAAUGACUCCCCCCCCCACCCCCCCUUUCCAACGCUCCAACCAGAGACACACAAGGCAAACCAAUAUGGGAUAACUUUAUGACUAUAGUUUGCUAUAGUUUGUAAGAAAACUUUAUGACUACCAUUUGUAAGAAUGUUCACGUACUGGCAACUACAAGAAAGUUAUAGUCCUACCUCAGUGCAUCUCCUUUGAUUAAGGGGUCAGAAUAUAGAUCCUUUUUGUGAAAAAUUACGGUCGGUCAGGCCUUUUUUUGAAUCAGUGCUGUAAUGUUCUAUUGAACAUUAGAACAUGAUAAUGAGCAGGAACGUAAAAGUGGAAAUCAACGUUUAAAGAAAAGAUAAUGAAGUUGCAUGUUUAUUUGAUAUUAGGAGCUUAUUAUAAUUAAAAAUUAAGGUUGGAAUUCAAAGACUGUAUUCUGUCAAGAGGAAAUGUUUUUCGUUCAUUUUUCGGGAAAUAAACAAAAUGACUCUGAACAACAGCGCAUUGUUGAUGUUUGAAUAUUUGAUAAAGUAGUAGAUUCAAUAACACUUGCCGCCAUUAACUUCACAUAAAAUAGUGACAGGACUGCAUAACGCGACUUGCUUUUGUUAGAAUGCCAAGAUGCGCUGGGAAUGGAAAACCAUACUAUCUCUGAUGCAAGAAUAAGUGCUUCUUCAGAAAGGACUGUCUCAUACCGCGCCUUUCAAGGGAGACUGCACUUGAAAAAUGAUGGAGAUAUAAGAGGUUCUUGGGCAUCUGCUAGAGACGAUAAGAAUCAGUGGCUUCAGGUUGAUCUAGGCAAUCCAAACACCUCAGUGACUGGUGUGGCAACACAAGGGAGAGAUAACCAUGACUGGUGGGUUAUCAAAUACAAGCUACAGUAUAGUAAACUAUCAACCUCAAUGGAAUUACAUGAAUACAAAGAAGAAUACGAAGACCAAAGCAAGGUAGUACAUUGCUGAUAUCAUUCUGAUGAUAUAAUUCGGGUUCAUGAUUUUAUCUCAGUCUGCGGCUAGAAUACGAUGUAGGAAACAGAAACUAGGCUAGGGUAUUUUCUAUAUAUGCAGAAAAGCGUAUGUUAGCAGAUCGUACAGUACUUUGUACAUCCGUCAAUCAGAAGCUUAAUAAAAAUAGUAAUCCGUGCAAAAAUACUCGUCAAUACCAUUUCCUACUUCCCUAAAAUAAAUUAAAAUCUUCUGCUAAAAAUUGUGUCCAUGCAUCAGCCCCAAAAGCUGGGUGUUGUCUUGUAUAGCCUUGCUACUACUAGUUAAGAUGAGUCGUCUUCUCGGUUAAAACACCAGAUUCCCUAAAGAAUAAGAAAUAGACCUUGGGCAAAUUUGGUCGAUUUUAUCACUUGACGAAAAUAGAAACACAUGUUCACAGAGACACGUGUCAAUUGAUUGGGAUAAAUUGAAAUCUGGGCCAUUUUGUCCCUUGCUGAAUGACCGUACAAAUCGAACACAAAAUGGUGCUAAAAUUCCCUUUCUGCAAGAGAAAUUCGAUCUCUCUACAUACAGUAGAGAGAUUUAGAGACACGUCUUAAAACGGCAAACGUGAAUUUGUACCAUGUAACCAAGUUUUCCCUUUACUUGUCUUUAACUGUUUUUUUACUUCUACAAAAUAUUACUAGUUUCACGAUAUUUUCAUCCACAAGAGUUGUUUUCGGCUAUUUUUAUCUGCCUAUUUUCUAUUUUGAGAAAUUCUCAACUUGAGUCUGCCGUUUGUCAUUUGCCGUAAACGUUAUUCUAAAUCUAUGUAAAUCAGACAAAGAGACGUGCCCACGCAUUACUCGUCCCAGUGAGCCUAAUGAACAGCCAGAGAAAAGUUUAUGGAGUCAAUACUGCAUGACAGAAAUGAAACUGAGCGCGAUCACUUUCAGCAAGCUACUCCACCUAACUCACUGUUCUCGAGUGGAUUUUAAAGUUAAGAAAACAAGUUGCCAAGACUCAUGUUGGGAGGAACGAGGGGAGAUAGGCUAAAAUGUUUUAACUCAAAACACUUGCCUACCUAACCAUAUCGCUUAAUUUUCAGGAAUUUGAUGGAAACAGAGACAGUGACACCGUUGUUCGUCAUAACCUAACAAAACCAAUUACGGCUAGUAUCAUACGUUUUCAGCCGACGGAAUGGCACACUCACAUAUCAAUGAGAGUUGAACUAUAUGGCUGUUUUACAGGUAAUGUAUGUCUUCCAUCUUUCACAGUGUCACCUAUGUGUUCUGUGUUAUCAAUUAAAUGA